GAUUCUUCGUCGGGGCUCAGAAUAAUGUUGAUUUGACGUUGUGCUCCUUUUUUUUGUAGUUUCAGCAUUUUUUCUCUGCUAACAUGCCAUGGAGCAUGAAACAAUCUAAAAAUAAUAUGGUGAAAUGGCUUUGGAUCAGCUACUGAACUAAAAAGAUCAGUGAUAUGGAGCAAAGUAUAAAAACAGAAAUGCUAGGUGAUAAAAAUCGCAAUAACUCAAACAAUAUGUGCCUGACUGUGGAACUGUGUGUCGUUUGUGGUGAUAGGGCUUCCGGAAGACACUAUGGGGCCAUAUCUUGUGAAGGUUGCAAAGGAUUUUUCAAGAGGUCCAUUCGUAAACAACUUGGAUAUCAAUGUAGAGGAAGUCAAAACUGUGAAGUUACCAAACACCAUAGAAAUAGAUGUCAAUACUGUAGACUGCAGAAAUGUUUAGCAUGUGGGAUGAGAAGUGAUUUGUUUUCAGCUGUUCAACAUGAACGGAAACCUAUAAUUGAUAAAAAGGAGUUCUCAAACAGUCCUGAGAUCAAGUUCAAUCAGAAUGCUGUCAAUGCAGUCAACAAAAUAUUCAUUAGGAAAGACCUGAAUUCAGAUUAUGGAUUAUUUACAAAUCCUUUCUGUACCAGUGAUCUUGGUCUUCAGUUCCUGAAUAAGAGACUUGCUAACAACACAGCUUCUGAUAACUUCAAUAUGUCUCCAAGCCAAGUGAGUGUUGAAGAUGAUGUUUCAAUGGACAGUACAAACACAGGCAAUGAACUCAGUGAUGCAUUAUGUACAGCAAGAGAUAAACAGCUCAUAUCAAAAGCUUUGGAUACAAUGGCAAGAGUCCAGUGCUUGAAUGGGACAGACUUGAAUGCAAUUUCUAGUGAAGAAAAAUGUUUUGAAUUUGAUGGCCCAAUACUGCAGGAGCAGAAUGUUGGGUUCAACCUGAUAAUUCCAGGACCUGUGCCCCCUUAUUUGAAUAUACACUAUAUUUGUGAGAGUGGAUCAAGACUUCUAUUUUUGUCUGUACAUUGGGCAAAGAAUAUACCUGCCUUCCAGUAUUUGAGCUCCGAGACCCAGGUGGCGUUGCUGCGCAGCUGCUGGUCGGAGCUGUUCGCGCUCGGGCUUGCGCAGUGUUCGCAGUCGCUGUCGCUGUCCACCAUCUUGUCGGCGCUGAUCGGCCAUUUGCACGCCGCCAUAGCGCAGGAGAAGAUGACGGCGGCGAAGGUGAAGCAGAUCACCGACCACAUCGUCAAGCUGCAGGACUUCGUGACCGGGAUGAACGGUUUGCAGGAGAAGGAACAGUUUUUGCCUUCUUCAUGGAGGAGACCAGGGGUCGGAAGAGAAGUCUUCAGGAACCUGAAUGAAAAGGGUCUUUCAAACGAACCUCUGGUGAACGACCAGGAGUACGCGUACUUGAAGGCGAUCACUCUGUUCUCCUCGGACCAGCCGGACAUUCUCCUGAGGAAGACGAUGGAGAAGUUGCAGGAGAAGUCCUUCCAGGGGCUGAGGAACUACGUAACCGGCAGCUAUCCCGAUGAUAAUGACAGGUUCCCCAAGUUGUUGCUGCGCCUGCCGCCUCUGAGGGCGAUAGACUCGAGCAUACUGGAAGAGCUGUUUUUCGCCGGCCUUAUUGGCCAAGUGCAAAUAGACAGCGUCAUCCCUUACAUCUUGCGGAUGGGAAACGGGGCCUUCUCGGCCGGCAACAACCGGCACGUGAAAUCUGAAAUAUUGGACGAGUUUUUGUGUAAAUGAGGUUCAAGUGUGGCGUGUGGGUGUGAUUUUUUUAAAUCGAAUUCUGAUACCAAAUAUUGGUAGGGAGGUGGGUGCAUGCUUCUACCAAUCACAUAUUUGAUACGAGUGCAAUGACAAAUGUGUUUUUAUAUGGAGGAUCUAGAACGAGCGUCUCAUGACACAACCAUCUUGUCACAUUCAAGGUCAAAUAUGAUUUGUCAUUAUGUCAAUUAUAUCAAGUGGUGCAAACAAUUUAGAUUUUUUUGAAUAGAGGAUUCGAUUAGCGCGUAGAAGUCGUCCCAGCAAACAUUUUGAUAUGGGGCAUCAUUGGUCUAAUAUAUUUUUCCCAUACCUGACAUCAGCGGCCCAGUAAAUGGUCCCAUAUGCGGGACUCUAUAUAUCAGUACACUGCGGCCGGCAGCUAGUCCCAGUCAUUCAGUCAUCACAUUCAGUUCCCCGGCAAAAAUCCAGUACAACAUAAUCGACACAUUUAGUUUCCCAUAGCAAGCCCAGCAUAUACAUAAAUGAUGGGACUGUAGUGGCCAAUUAACGACAUUGGUUACAUACUAUAGAGGUAGGGAAGGGGUAGGGGUUUUAGUGGUCCAAUGGAUCUGAAAGUUCUAGUACCUCUUUAUUUCACAAUAUAACCCUCUCAUCAGACCAGAUUUCAAGAAAACAAUUUUAUAAAUGACACAAUGAUAUCUUCUUAACCUCUCUGUUCUUCAAUGAUGAAACUUCUCGGAGUGACUGCUUACUGGUUGGUAUGUGGUAUCUACAUCUUAUUGGGUAGCAUUUCGUUAUGAGAAACUUCUUACAUACACUAUGCAUCAUUAGUUAUAUAUUAGUGGCCUAUGAGUUGCAUCAGUUUAUAACUUGAUAAUAUAAUCUGAUGUCGUGAUAACAUGAAGCUUUCCAAUUCUCAUUAUUUUCUUGGCAAAGGUGUUUUCUGUAGCUGAAACCACAUUGUUAUUCAGUACUUUAAUAUAGAGACAGGUUCACUUAACAUAAGAUUGCUUUUGAUAGCAACAAACGAGUUAAACAUGAUAGUUGCUUCUGGAAAGGUAUAGCCAACUCCAAUUAUUAUGACCAUUAGGUAUAUGAGGUAACGAGAUAGGUAUAUUGAUACUCAAUAUAAUCAUAAUUGAAGAAUCCUUCUAUUAUUAUUAAUUGAGAAUACUCCUGUCAUCAUAAAUAACCACCAGGGAGAGAGAGGACCACAUUAAUACGACAUAAACAAACUAGUACGCGAUCACCACUCACGAGAGUCAGCCAUCUUAGUCACAUAUAAUAUUGAUCAGCUGAUUGUUGAUGGAGACGUUCCCAGAACAUUCACCAGGGGGAUGAGUAGCGAACAUGAAAUUGGCCAGCAAAGGGCCAGAUCUCGUUAGUAUUCAAUUAGUUCUAAACAUCUUACCAUCACAAGGCCAUCAUCCUAUUUUUUACUGAUGGUUACUUGGCAUAGGGAAAUCAUCGGCCCAUUACCAAUAUCCCGGCAUCGUCACUUUCCCAGACUAGCCUACACUAGCUAGUUCAAUGUUUGCUGGGGUAGAAGUUAUAUUCUUCAAUUGAGUUGAUAUUUUAUUAUUUUAUAUUUGAAAUAGAGGAUAUGAAAAGGAGGUGUGAAUUAAUAAUAGAACAACAUCGAUAUAUUUUGAAUAAUUGCGAUAAAAUUAUAGACACAAUGACU